AUGAGUUCAUUUAUAAGAAAUGCGGCAACUAAAAAACGGAAAACGGGAAUUACAGUAUUAGAUAAAUUUAUUAAUACUUUAGAACCCGGUACAAUAAUAUUGAUAAAAGAAGACGAGUAUUCCUUUAUUCAUAAUUACUUAUUAAAUAUUUUUUUAUCUGAAGGCGUUUGCGAGAAUGAAUCUAGAAUUUUAGCUGUCAGUAAAAACGGGCCGGUAGAAAUUUAUCAAGUUGACAAUGAAAAAGUUUGUGAUGAACAGCUUAGUAAAAUGUAUAUAGCAUGGAGAUACAAUAAUUUACGGCCCGAUAAAUCUGAUUGUAAAUUUUUAUUGACUGAUAAGCUGGAUUAUAGACACGAUUUAAUGGCAAAAAACGAUAUUACUGUAGAUAAUAUUAUUGAAAGACUAAAUAGUUGUUCGAAUUAUAGAGUCGCAUUAUUUUCACUAUUUUCUCCUUCUUAUAAGGUUAAUAACAUUUAUCAGGCAUUAUAUAACAUUAGAAAGGCAGUAAGGCUACAUGGGCAUGUUUGUAUGAUAUCUAUACCGACAUUUUUUUAUGAUAAAGUGAUAUUUGAUCAAUAUUUUGAUAUUGUUAUGUCGUUAGAUUCUAAUUUUUUCACAAAUUUAUUACCUAAUUACAAAGCAAUAAUUCAUUUUGAAAAAAUAACUUUUUUAAACAAAAUUCGUGAGAAUAAUACAGAUACUUAUAAAUUUGGCAUAAAAUUUUAUAAAAAUAAACUUGUUAUAGAGAAAAUUGACAUUCCUCCUGUUGAUAUCGAACAACCGUCUAUCGAUUGUAGGUCGUUUUAG